CUACUACACAUGGACUUUGGUUAUAUGCAAACUUUUUACGGGUGUGUGGCCCGUGCAUUGUAUGAUAAUUAAUAUACAUGUAAAUCGGAAAUAUCUCAGCAUCAUGUGAUUUUGAUCAUGCCUAUUCAGUAAUAGUCACCGUGCUCCAGGGUUGUUUCUGUAUACUGGCGUUCAACCAUCGUGUAGGCCUAUUUCAAGCAGUGCUGCCAUAAUAAUAUUAUUAUAUCCAGCACCAUCACCAGGACCGGACAGUGUCUUAUAUUUGGAGUAGUGCGAUUAUAGUUAACUCGUUCAACUGAUCAAGGUUGAUGAUAAGAAAUGGCUACGGAGUAAAGGCCGAUCGUAUAACAGCCACAUGAUGACGUCAGAACAGGAAAUACUGGACAAACCAUCGGUCCAAACGCGGCGACCUCGACUUGUGACCGUGGAGCCGGUGGCGUUCCUGAUACUCGCCAUUCAAGGCGGCUUCGUGGCACUGAGGACACUCUACAUUGAGCACCGCCUUGCAGUUAGCUACAACUACACUUUGCCCUCCAAUGACGCCAAUGGCCCCUGUGGCGUCAACGAAACCAAGGAUCCCAAGCAGGCGCAGAUCGAGUCCGAGACCGCCCUCUGGGUGGCCUACAUGAAGGGUGUGUCCGUGGCGCUGCCGAUGUUCACCGCCCUCGCCUACGGCACCGCGAGUGACUUCAUCGGCCGUAAGCCCGUCUUGAUUCUCGCGGCUUCUGCCCACCUCACGGCCGCUGCGUUGUUCCUUUGCGUCGCCUACUUCAACCUGCCGCUCUUUUGCCUCGUCAUCGGUGAAGCCGUCCUGGGCAUCUGUGGCGAUUCGAUCAUCGUAGACAGCAUGGUGUAUGCGUACGUUACCGACGUCUACCAGGGCAGAGACAGGAAUUUCCGGAUCUUUGUGGUGAAUCUGAUGGUCUAUGUCGGCUUCGGCGGCAGCCAACUCGUAGUCACCUGGAUCCUGCAAGUGACGGGGUCCAACUACCCCAUCGCCUACUUGACCGUGGUAGUGGCCGCCGUGAUCAAUUUUCUAUACGUCACUCUCCCUUGCGUUCUGCGCGAGACUGUGGAAAGGCGUCCAUUCCCUCGCGGUGUCUUUCGAGAUCUCCUGACCAAAAUUUACAGGUUGUUUAAGAACAACUCCAACGGGAGACGAAUUAGGAUCGUGUUCCUGAUUGCUAUCUUAGUUCUCUAUGAACUGGUAUACGAAGCGGUGUACAGUGUCAUCACCAUAUACGGUCUGGGGCCGCCAUUUUGUUGGGACGACACCUUUGUGGGUGUUUACAGCGUCAUUGUCAAUAUUGUUCCUGCUGCCGCAUCUAUUGUGGCGAUGAAGCUCCUGGGUCUCUGCAUGUCCGAGUAUUGGAUGGUGUACAUCGGAUUUCUGUCCGGAAUAGGUAUCAUGGUCACCACGGCACUGGCAAAAACCCAAGCCAUCCUGGCUUACGUUGCACCGGCCGUUGGAGUUCUCCGUAUCCUUCCAGCACCUCUCCUACGGUUUUUGGCAACGCAGCAGGUCGACACUGACGAACAAGGGUCCCUCUUUGGCGCAAUUGCAGUUCUUUCUUCCGUGGGGAAAGUUCUCUCCCCCAUUGUGAUGAAUGGAAUCUACUCGUCUACCGUGAAGAUCGGGCACCCUACUGUUACUUUUUACGUGGCUGCAGGAAUUCUGGUCAUACCAUUGUUCAUAAAUGGGUUCCUGCAUGUACGGCAGCCAUUAGCAGAAUACCAGCCAAUUAACAACAGCGACGAUGAGGAGAAUGAUACAAACAACAAGGCAUUGGUGUAGAAGUCGAAAAAAAUCGCCAAAUGCAAGAAGUCGAAAUGAUAUACCUAUAAGGCCAAGUACAAACUAGUUCCCUUUUUCCCGCUCACUUCUUCUUUUUUCUAUACUUUUACUUCCAUUUUGUUCAAGUCAUUAUACAUUUUGCAGUAUUAUAUUGUCUUUUUAUGUGUUUCCAGCAAAAUUAUAGAUAUGAAUCCCAAUUUCACAAUCGGGUGUACGGUAGAAAGGGUGACGUCUCCUUGGACAAAUGUAAGCUAUUCUGAUUAGAUUAAAAUAAUUAUUACUAAUAAG